AUGACGCGGACUCACGUGACCAAGAGCCGAUGUGCUGCUGUCUCGGUCCAGAUAGCGGUUCCAACUCAGGUACCAGCUCCCAGCGGACUGUGGCCAAGGAAGGAGGAGGAGGACGAGGAGGAAACUGAGGUGGAGGAGGACAGUCACCAAGUUAAUUCUCUUCAAAGAAGAGCAAGAUGCUGGGGUAUUUUCCAAAGAAGGUAUGUCAGUUGGUCUGAAACAUUCAGCCCUGGCAUUCAUCCAUCAUCACGCCAGGAACAAGAUGGAGACGUGGCAAUGAGAGAUGCCCAUGUGGGCCCUGGAGUAAGAUACACCCCCUAUGCCAUUCCAACUUACUGGCGGAGAGACAGUUUUCACAGAGGAGACCAAACCCAUGGUAACCCGGAGAGAGAGAGAAAACCUCCAGAGGAAGGAUUGGAGGGGAACAGGCAGGAUGGGACCUCCAGGAGCUGGUUCAAGGUCAUAUUUCCAUUUGGUAUAAAAUAUGAUGAGAAGUGGCUGCUGAAUUUGAUCCAGAGCCAAUGUAGUGUUCCCUUCAACCCAAUCGAGUUUCACUAUGAGAAAAUGCAGGUCCAGUUCUUUGGUGAAAAUGCCAGCAUUGCCUUUGCAUUGAAGAAAGUGAGCGGCAAGAUUUGGGAUGAAGAAAAUGAAAGAAUAUCUAUCUUUGUCAGUCCCUCUGCUAUACCCCACUCUGAGCAGAAGAAGCUAAAGUCAACAAAAGUGAAACUCAUAAAGGUAAUGCAGACUCAAGACACGUGCACCCACACCCACAGCUUCUUCUCUCACCAAUUUCCCCCUACACCACCCCGGUGUCAGAGCCACUUCCGUCCGUCUCUGUCUCUGCAGAAGACCAACAUCAAAGGACAUGAAGUCCCCCAGAGAGCUCUUGACCUCCAGAGACUCCACUCAGACCCAGACCCGAUGACCCUUGAUAUUGAAAAGGGGCCAAAUCUUAGAAACUGCAUGGCUGCAUCCCUGCACAUCCAUGAAGAGAACAUGCGCAAGGUGAAUUCUGAAGGGGAGUUGGACAAGGUGAAAGGGCUGGAGCCAGAAGAGAGGUGUUCGGACAGAAACCCUCUGUGCACCACCUUCCCAGAUAAGUCCACAAACAUAAGCUCCAUCCUGGAAUUGUUCUCCAAGUUAUUACACCUGGAUGACCACAAGAUACCCCCACCCAUUAUCUUUGGCAAUGAAGCCUACAAGAAGUUACCAGUCUGCAAGGGGAAUGUCUUUGGAUCUGAGACCCUGAAGAAUCUAAUCUUGCAAUUCCUGCAGCAAUAUUACUGGAUCUAUGACUCUGGAGACCGGCAGGGUCUCCUGGAUGCUUACCAUGACGAGGCCUGUUUCUCACUGACCAUUCUCCUCAAUCCUGACGACCUGGUUCCAAGCUGCUUGCACAAGUACUCCAUGGGGAGCAGGAAUAUAAGGAAGCUCAAGGACCCUGUUCUGCGGGUUCAGUUGCUGAAACACACAAAACGUGACAUUGUUGACUUCCUCAGUGUGUUGCCCAAAACCCAGCAUGACCUCAGCUCCUUUGUGGUGGACAUGUGUGUCCAGACGGAAAAGAUGCUCUGCUUUUCUGUCAAUGGGGUGUUCAAGGAGGUUGAAGAAGUAUGUCAGGCUCGUGUUCGUGCCUUCACCCGGAUCUUCAUCGCUACUCCUGCCAGCAACUUCAGCCUAUGCAUCGUGAAUGACCAACUGUUUGUAAGUGACGCCGGCCCCAUAGAGACCCAGGGUGCCUUCUCCACUCCAGUGCCCACACUCUCCUCCAGCUCUGUGCCCACCAUCUCCCAGGAGCAGCAGGAAGUGGCCCAGGUGUUCUCCACACAGUCCGGCAUGAACCACUAG